GUGCAUUGAACACCAACCGCUUCAUGUUUUCACCACCAUGACCGCCCUGACGGACAAUACCGAUGAAGUUGAAUAUAUUAUUCAGCAUUAUGGUGACGAUAAUGUAGGUUAUCAGUAUCUGUGCAAAUGGGUAGGCUUCGAUAUAGAGGCAGCGAGCUGGGAGUCAGCAGAAGAGAUAGAAGCCCAAUGUCCCGACGCUGUGGAAUCAUAUUGGCGCAAAUAUAAACUUGGGGAGCUAGAGGAUCGCGAAAGCCUAGAUAAUAUCAACCUUGUCAGUGAUCCGUGGACUACCCUCAAUGAAAUAGAUACCUGGGAAGAUGCAAUACAGGAAAUUGCCACUGUGGAAAGAUCGAGGAAAUCCGGCCUGAUCGUUUACGUGAUAUGGAAAAACGGUAUGAAGACCGUCCAUCACUCGAGCGAGUUAUACCGAAAAUGUCCACAAAAAGUCAUCAGCUAUUUCGAAUCCAAACUCUCAUUCAAACCUAUAUCAUCGUAACUCCAUCGGUUCGAUAUACCUUAGUAUACCUUGUCAAGCGAAAUGCGCCACCAAAGGAAUAUGCUGUUCCUAUCCAAAUCAAUCCAUCUUCUCCUCCUUCCUCCGAUCAGGAGACGCGAGAUCCGCUGCAUCGAUGGUUUCUGCAUAGGAUGCGAACUAGCAUAAAACUUCAUUGCAAUUUUGCAUGACAUUGUGACCAACUUUCUUUUUUCUGUUUGAUGCUGUAUUAUUAUAAUAUAUAU